AUGAGCGGCGAUAUAUUUUCAGGUUAUAGUUCAACUCUGCGUGGAGGUUAUGUCACACAUUAUGAAUAUAUCCAAGUAGGCAAGGGCCGUGAUGUUGGUAUGAAUCAGAUAUCCCUUUUUGAAUCCAAAGUUGCAAAUGGAAAUGGUGAACAGACACUUAGCCGUGAUGUUUACCGACUUGGUCGCCGCUUUGAUUUUUACCGAAUGUUGUCAUUCUACUACACCACAGUUGGUUUCUACUUUAGCAGCAUGGUUACUGUGCUUAUUGUUUAUGCAUUUUUAUAUGGACGUAUAUAUAUGGUUAUGAGUGGGUUGGGAGGGCGAAUAGUAGAAGAUGAAAGUCUUAAUAGCAACAAAGCCCUAGAAGAAGCUUUAGUCAUCCAAUCUGUCUUUCAGCUCGGUUUACUUCUCAUGCUUCCUAUAGUUAUGGAAAUAAGUCUAGAAAGAGGAUUUCGCACCGCAUUACGCGACUUUAUCGUAAUGCAACUCCAACUAGCCUCUGUGUUUUUCACUUUCCAGCUUGGAACGAAAGCACAUUACUUUGGAAGAACAAUUCUACAUGGAGGUUCAAAAUAUCGCGCCACGGGUCGUGGUUUUAUUGUCUUCCAUGCAAAAUUUGCAGAUAAUUACAGGCUGUAUUCGCGUAGUCACUUUGUGAAAGGGCUAGAAUUGGCUAUUCUGCUUAUUAUCUAUCAGGCGUAUGGGAACUCAUACCGAAGUUCAAAUCUAUACUUAUUCAUUACGUUCUCGAUAUGGUUCCUGGUUGCUUCAUGGUUGUUCGCUCCUUUUGUGUUCAAUCCUUUGGGAAUUGACUGGCAGAAAACGGUGGAGGAUUGGACGGAUUGGAAAAGGUGGGUAGGAAAUCGUGGUGGGAUUGGAAUUGCACAAAAUAAAAGUUGGGAAUCAUGGUGGGAUGCAGAACAGCAGCAUCUUAAGUACACAAACAAAAGAGGCAGAAUUCUUGAAAUUAUACUUGCGUGUCGGUUCUUCAUUUAUCAGUAUGGACUUGUGUAUCGUCUUAAUAUUGCAGGUGGCAGCAAAAGUAUACUGGUUUAUGCGCUUUCAUGGUUGGUCUUGAUAUCUGCUCUUCUAGAAUUGAAGUUGGUCUCAAUGGCCAAACAGUUUGGCACAUAUUUACAGCUCAUGUUCAGGAUCUUAAAGGCAUUUCUCUUCCUUGUCUUCCUUUCGAACAUGACGGUCUUAUUUGUUGUAUGUGGCCUGACCAUCAGUGACAUAUUUGUUGCCUUCCUUGCCUUUGUGCCAACUGGUUGGGCAUUCAUCUUGAUUGCUCAAGCGUGCAAGCCUUAUGUAAAAGUCAUAGGAUUUUGGGACUCGGUAAUGGAGUUAGGACGUGCAUAUGAGUGCUUGAUGGGAUUGUCAAGCAUUGAGAAGAGGUCUUCAGAUUUCAAUGAUUCUUGCUGGGAAGAAGGACAAGGACAAGACUCAGCCAACUUGAUAGGUACAUCAGGGGACCGCGGCAAGGCGAAGGCAUGA